UCCACCCUUCACGCAACGCAGAGCGCCAUUGAAAACACUAAUUACAAAUACAAACCAAAUAAAGAAAUUAGCCGAAAAAACACAGCGAAUCGCCAACUACUCUCUCUCUCUAGCAACCACAAUGGCCACGCGCCACCGCCGCCUCCACCACCUCCUCAUCCUCCUCUCCCUCCUCAGCCUCACCGCCGCCGACGACUCCGCCGCCAUGUCCAAGCUCCUCUCCUCCCUCUCCCCCGCCCCCCGCGGCUGGUCCUCCUCCGCCCAGUUCUGCACCUGGAGCAACGUCAAGUGCGACUCCACCAACUCCUUCGUCACCAACAUCAACCUCGACUCCGCCUCCGUCUCCGGCACUCUCCCCCCCGAAAUCAACCAGCUCUCCAAGCUCCAAUCCUUCGCCGUCCAGAAAAACUCCCUCUCCGGACCCCUUCCUUCCUUCCAAAACAUGACCUCCCUCCUGCAGAUCCUCCUCGACGACAACCAAUUCUCCUCGAUCCCCAACAACUUCCUCGCAGGCCUCACCAAUCUCCAGGUUUUCAGCAUAAGUGAAAACGAGGCUCUCGCUCCCUGGCAAAUCCCUGCUUAUCUCUCCGAUAGCUCUAAUCUCGUCAAGUUCUACGCCAGCAAUGCUAGCAUUAGCGGCGUCAUUCCAGAUAUCUUCGCCUCCUUCCUCAAUUUGCAGGAUCUGAGGCUUUCCUACAACAACUUAACCGGAUCUCUCCCCGGAUCCUUCUCCGGAUCGGAGAUUCGCAACCUCUGGCUCAACAAUCAGGUCCUAGGGCUUUCUGGAACUAUCGAUGUGCUUUCCGAUAUGCCUCAGCUGUCUCAAGUUUGGCUUCACGCGAAUGCGUUUACUGGUGGAAUUCCUGAUUUGUCGAAUUGCCCUAAUUUGUUCGAUCUGCAGCUCAGGGAUAAUAGGUUUACUGGAAUAGUGCCGCCUUCUUUGGUUAAUCUGCCUAGUCUUCUUAACAUUACACUGCAAAACAAUAAGCUGCAGGGACCUUGCCCUAAGUUUCCGGAUAAAGUUGAAGCUGAUUUAGGGAUUAAAACUAACAGCUUCUGUUUGCCUGAUCCCAGGCCGUGUGAUCCGCAGGUGACCGUUCUUCUUGAGGUCGCAGGUGCACUCGGGUAUCCGAUGGCGCUAGCGGAGUCGUGGGAAGGGAACAAUGCUUGCCAACAAUGGCAAUUCGUCCACUGCGAUGCGCAGGGGAGCAAUGUGACGAUUGUGAACAUGGCGAAGCAGGGGUUUUCGGGCACUAUAUCGCCUGCGUUUGCUAAUCUCACUUCGCUGAGGACUUUGGUGCUGAGUGACAACAACCUCACAGGUGACAUUCCUGCUGAAUUGACUACGUUGCCUUCGCUUCAGACGUUUGAUGUGUCGAAUAAUAACUUAACCGGGCCGAUUUUGAGCUUUCCUCGUAAUAUAAGUUUUUUAUAUGGUGGAAAUGCAUUGCUUGGUAAGAGUGGUGGUGGAGGUGGUGGUGGAUCGGGGAAGAGUCCGGGGCAAUCGGAUGGGGGCUCUGGUUCUUCGAAGAAGUCUCCAUCGGUUGGUAUGAUUGUUGGUGUGGUUAUAGCUGUUUUAGUGUUUGUUGGGAUUCUGUUGUUUGUGUCUUAUAAAUGCUAUUUGAAGAGACGGCAUAAGAGGUUUAGUGUGAUUGAGGGGUCUGAGCAAGGGAAGGAGAUGGUGAUGGGCAAUGGAGUGAAUGGGGUGAGUGGUUAUGCGGGUGUCUCGGGUGAGAUCAUGAGCCAGAGCAGUGGUGAUCAUGGCGAGAUGCCUGUUUUCGAGGGUGGCAACAUUGCCAUCUCGAUUCAGGUUCUUAGGGAAGUGACUGACAAUUUCAGUGAAGCGAAUAUCUUGGGUAGAGGAGGGUUUGGGGUCGUGUACAAGGGUGAGUUGCACGACGGGACAAAGAUUGCAGUGAAGAGGAUGGAGUCCAAUGCUAUGGGCACGAAAGGGAUGAAAGAGUUUCAGGCAGAAAUCGCGGUCCUAACCAAAGUCCGUCACAGACAUCUGGUCGCACUGUUAGGUUACUGUAUAAACGGCCACGAGAGGCUGUUGGUGUAUGAGUACAUGCCGCAGGGGCAUUUAGGCCAGCAUUUGUUUGAAUGGGAGGAGCAUGGCAAUCAGCUUCUGACCUGGAAACAACGGGUGACAAUAGCAUUGGAUGUGGCCAGAGGAGUUGAGUAUCUCCACAGCUUGGCGCAGCAGAGUUUCAUUCACAGAGAUUUGAAGCCAUCGAAUAUACUCCUGUCCGAUGACAUGAGAGCCAAGGUGGCGGAUUUCGGAUUGGUGAAGAACGCACCUGAUGGGAAAUAUUCUGUUGAGACGCGGUUGGCUGGAACUUUUGGCUAUCUCGCCCCUGAAUAUGCUGCUACUGGAAGAGUAACCACAAAAGUCGAUGUGUACGCCUUUGGAGUUGUGUUGAUGGAGAUUUUAACUGGUAGAAAAGCCCUCGAUGAGAACAUGCCAGACGAGAAGUCCCAUCUGGUGACAUGGUUCCGCAGGGUCCUUAUCAGCAAGGACAACCUCCGGAAGUCCAUUGACCAGAAUCUCCAGCCAGACGACGAAACCUAUGAAAGUAUCUGCAAGGUUGCCGAGCUGGCUGGCCACUGCACUGCUCGCGAGCCAUUCCAGAGGCCCGACAUGGGGCAUGCAGUGAACGUCCUGGGGCCGCUCGUGGAGCAGUGGAAACCUUCUAGAACACAGGAGGACGAAGGUGAUGGCGUCAACCUCCACAUGAGCCUCCCUCAAGCCCUCCUGAGAUGGCAAGCCGAUGAAGGCACUUCUAGAAUGUUCGAUGAUAUCUCCUUCAGCCAGACGCAGUCGAGCAUCCCCUCGAAACCCACUGGAUUCGCGGACACGUUUAGCUCCACGGACUGUAGAUGACCGGCCGGAGAAAUUUGAUGAAUGACUGGAGAAAUUUGAUAAAAGGUUAAGUCUGUUUUCGAAUGUUGCAUGUUGUAUUUUAUUUUCCUUCAACUCAUUUUUGAGCCUCAAAAGGAAGAUUGCUAGUUGUAUUUAAUUUAUUCUUUUUUUUACUUGACUUGUACAAUAUUAUAGCUCUAUUUUUGGAGAAAAAUGUAUUGAUGGAUUGUGUUGAUCUCUAACUCUUUGGAUGUCAAGAAAUCAAGAUUGAAAAUUUCAACA